AUGCCGACAGGUAUUGGGCGCGUGUUGCUGUCAAGUGGCUACACGAUGUGGAAUAACAGAGUCGCCGAUUGGGCUUUUGUCCAGAUGUUCGACAAUGUCACUCCCCAACCGUUUACUUUCCCUAAAAUCCCGUCCUCCCAAAACCCCUCGAAAUUCAAACUUGGUCUGAACUAUAAUGAGGGAGCACCGCUAGCUGGAUUUGGUGAUUUGAAAGCAAACGAAUGGUACUGCAAAGUCGGGAAACCAACGGGACUCAUUGGCGGUAUUUGCAAAGGAGUGCAGGUGCCAUGCUGUUGGAAUGCGGUGGAGGAAUACGCGAUUGUGGACCAGGUGGGCGACUACACACAGACAGACCUCUGUAAGCCGGGUGAUUCCGAUUCUGUGCUACUGGACCGCCGGGGUCGAAUCCGUGAUUUGCUUUACAGGUUCACAUACACAUAUGCCGGAAUCGACCUGAAUGUCUACGCUGGCCUGGCCAUAACAAUGUCGGAUGGGAAGGAGACAAUCAAAAUCGAGUCGUGA